UCCUGCUACCUGCUGUCAGCUGUGGCCUAUUCUGUCGCUUGGGGUUAGGCGUGCCGUUCAUCAUGGGGGCUAGGAAUGAAACGGACUUCCUGAACUCGGACUUCCCGAUGUACGCUGCUGGUGGGGUGACCCUGUUCAUCAUCUACCGCGCUUUCGUGACCAAGUCCCGCGGCGAGCCCCUCCAACCGGCGUGCAUGUCUAAGGGGGUGUUUCCUGCGGCGUUCUUCACCUUCGUCGGAUCCCUGGCCUGCCACGAGAUGUUGCUGGACAUGAUGGGCUACCCCGGGGGACUGACGGCCUGGGCUCCUGCGGUGCUAGCAGUGGUGGCUUGCUCCUGGGUGGCCUACCGCGGACAGCUGGCGGCAUCGGGGGGCGAGCUGGGCUUGUCUGUCAUCGCUCCCGUGGUGGCGCUUGCUGCUCUCACCAUUUCUUGGCUCGUCGCCGACGAGGUGGAACAGCCGCAGAACCUCACCAAGGCGCAGCUAAAGAAGGCCGCGAAAGAUGCUGCUAAGAAGGCUGCCGCGGGGAUAGGGGCUGCCGGCGGCGGCAAGAUGCUAUACCUGGAGAAGGGCAAGGACGUCGUCACCGAGCAGCUGCACGUGGCUCUCGGCGUACUCGUUGUCGUAGUGCUGGUUCUUGCACUGGUGAAUGGGCCGGGCGUCUGGCCUCGCAACCUGCAGCAGGGGGCCUUCCCCGCCUGCUUCAUGAUCGCGUCCGGGGUGUUGGCCUACAACUCUUUUUUGCGCCAAGCCCGAGAGUCUGACGGAGGCAGCUUGGACGACUUCUUCCCCGCCUUCGCUGCUGCCCUUGCGGCCACCCUCCUAGCCCGCAAGGGGUCUGCAAUGCAAGCAUCGGCGUAGUUUUUUUUUU